ACCGCCCUUCUCGAUUUCUGUGCUCGUCUCUCGCAAUGGAGCUUCCGCUCGUAUCGCUAGCCGCUACUACUAGUACUUCCACGGCGUCGUUUGGCAGUAAGCUCGGGCUGUGCGAUUUUCCGGUGACGAGAAAGAGGCGGACGGGUUUGUUUGACUGAGGUAGGGUUUCUGUGCGGCAGGUUAGGGCUUCGGCGGAGCAGAGGAAUAGCGAGGGUAUUAAUGGAAGUGAGACGGAGAGUGGAGGACGGCGGUUCACGAGUCCUGCCAUGGAGGUCAACACAUUGAAUCCGAGCUUCAAUGAAGCUGAGUAUCCUGUUUGGGAGAAGAUUGGUGCUGUUGUUAGAUUUAGUUAUGGAAUUGGUAUAUAUGGUGCAAUGGCUUUAGCGGGUAGAUUUAUAUGCUCAAUGAUGGGUAUCGAUAUCGUGGGAGGUUUCGAGUUAAAUUUAGAUGCAAUUGUACAAGGGCUUGGAUAUGCAGCUCCAAAUUUCUAUGAUAUUGGGAUUGGGUUUGGUUACAAAAGAGCUUGGAGGAAAGAUAACAAGAGAGUAGGUAAAGGACUGGGAAAAAUUCUGGUUGUAGCCAUGCUCUUCGUGUCAAAGUCAGAAAGAGGUACAAGUACUAAAUUACCCUCUGACAAAUGAGUAAUGAUAUAAGAUUAAACGGCGUCAGUGACAGCAUGUCUACAAAGUGAGUCGGGCUCGAGAGUCCGUGUACCAAAACGAUCGGUUUGAAACAUUAUGUAUGGAA